CGCCUCUUUGCCAUUCGGAACGCGGGGAAAGCGGUGGGAAUCCAAGUGAGGAGCCGCCAAAGGAGAGCUGAGGAGAGGAGGGGGAGGCUGACGACCUGGGCCCUGGGCCUCUGAAGGCCUGCUUCAAGGCUGGUCAGUUCUGCAAGAAAGGCAAGAGAGAGGAGUCUGGCUCACACCUCUGGAGGACCCCCUUCUGUCAGCUGUGGGGCUUGACACCACUUGCACAAGAAAAGGAGGGGGAAACUGCACCACAUCGGUGAAGAUCCACCUCCAGUGGCUGCUCUGCUGGUGGUGGAGUUGCUGCUGACAACCACCCUCAACAGGUCUGCACCCAUCCAGGAAAUAUCUGUCUUCCUCAAGCUUGGUUCUACAUUCUAUUUGUAUUACUGAGUUAUUGACUGAGACUUUGUUUUGGAAGGCGGCUGAUUGACUACUGGUCUGGAUAUUGACUCUAACACUUGUUUCCAAGCUCAUAUCCUCAAUCACUUAAAGAUCAGUGUGUAGAAACAAACCAGUGACAGAUCUGUGGUUGAGGUUUAGACUGGGGGUGGAGUAUAUUACUGGACUUUCUUCAUAACUUGUACCAUGACUGGGGCAGAGAUUGAGUCUGCUGCCCAGGUCAAGCCUGAAAAGAAGCCUGGGGAAGAGGUUGUAGGUGGGGCUGAGAGAGAGAAUGAAGUCCCUCUGGUGGUCAGACCCAAGGUUAGGACCCAGGCAACUACUGGGGCAAAGCCCAAAACUGAGACCAAGUCUGUUCCGAGGGCAAGGCCCAAAACUGAGACCAAGUCUGUGCCAGGGGCAAGGCCCAAAACUGAAAACAAGUCUGUGCGGGGGGCAAGGUCUAAAACUGAGAACAAGUCUGUGCCGGGUGCAAGGCCCAAAACUGAGGCCCAAGCAAUGUCUGGGGCAGGGCCCAAAACUGACCCCCAAGUAAUGGGUGGAGCAAGACCCAAAACUGAGGCUCAGGGAACGGCAGGGGCCAGGCCCAAAACCAAUGCCAGGGCAGUAGGUGGUGCUCGUCCCAAAACUGAUGCCAAGGCAAUCACUGGGGCAAGGACCAAGGAUGAAGCCCAGUCAUGGGGCCAAACUGAAUUUGGGACUGAGGUAGUGUCACAGGCAGAAGGGGUGUCCCAGACUAAUGCCGUUGCCUGGCCACCGGCCACUCCUGAGUCUGGAUCGGUUACUAAAUCUAAGGGCCUAUCUAUGGAUAGAGAACUAGUCAACGUGGAUGCUGAAACCUUUCCUGGCACCCAAGGUCAGAAAGGAAUCCAGCCCUGGUUUGGACCAGAGGAGGAGACUAAUAUGGGGUCUUGGUGUUAUUCCAGGCCCAGGGCCAGAGAGAAGGCCUCUGAGUCUGGGUUCUGCUCAGCAGAUGAGACCUCUACAAUGUCUUCUUUCUGGGCAGGAGAAGAGACCAGUAUCAGAUCAUGGCCCAGGGAAGAGUCCAAUACCAGAUCCAGGCACAGGGCUAAACAUCAGACUAACCCCAGGUCCGGGCCCAGACCCCAGCAAGAAGCCUAUGUUGAGUUCUGGUCUGGGUCUGAGGAGGAGGCUGGCAACCCAUUCUCCUGGGCUGGAGAAAAUACCAAUAACUUGUUCGGGCCCAGAGUCAAGGAAGAGGCAAAUAUUAGGUCCAAGCCCAGGACAAAGAGAGAAGAUUGUUUUGAAUCUGAGUCUGAAGAUGAGUUUUAUGAGAAGUCCUUCUCCUUGCCUAGAGAAGAGGCCAAUAGUAGAUUCAAGCGCAGAGACAAAGAAGAUCCUAAUACCAACUUGAAAUCCAGGGCCCAGAAAGAUGUUAACGGUGAUAGAGUCAAACAGGAACCCAGGUUUGAGGAGGAAGUCAUUAUUGGGUCCUGGUUCUGGGCAGAAAAUGAGGCCAGUUUGGAGGGUAGAGCCUCAGCAAUCUGUGAAUCUGAGCCAGGAACUGAGGAGGGGGCCGUUGGUGGAUCCUUGUACUGGUCUGAGGAACAGUCCCGUUUGGGGGCUGUGGCCAGACAGGAGGCCAAGCCAGAGUCUGAAGAAGAUGCCAUAUUUGGGUCCUGGUUCUGGGACAGAGAUGAGGCCUGCUUUGACCUAAAUCCUUGUCCUGUGUACAAGGUCAGUGACAGGUUCAGAGAUACAGCUGAAGAGGAGCUUAAUGCAUCCUCCAGACCCCAAACCUGGGAAGAGGUCACUGUUGAAUUCAAACCUGGUCUUUUUCAUGGGGUUGGCUUCCCAUCCACAAGCCCCUUUAGAUUUACUGAAGAUGCUUCUGAAAUGUUUGAGGCAAAGCCCAAGAACCUGGAACUUAGCCCGGAAGGGGAAGAGCAGGAAUCUUUGCUUCAGCCUGAUCAGCCUAGCCCUGAGUUCACAUUUCAGUAUGAUCCUUCCUACCGGUCAGUCCGGGAAAUUCGAGAGCAUCUUAGGGCCAAGGAGAGUGCAGAGCCUGAGAAUUGGUCCUGCAGCUGCAUACAAUGUGAGCUAAAAAUUGGUCCUGAAGAGUUUGAAGAACUCCUUAUAUUAAUGGACAAAAUUCGGGAUCCUUUUAUUCAAGAAAUAUCUAAAAUUGCAAUGGGUAUGAGAAGUGCUUCUCAAUUUACCCGAGAUUUCAUUCGAGAUUCAGGUGUUGUCUCACUUAUUGAAACCUUGCUUAAUUAUCCGUCCUCUAGAGUUAGGACAAGUUUUUUGGAAAAUAUGAUUCACAUGGCUCCACCUUAUCCAAAUCUAAACAUGAUUGAGACAUUCAUAUGUCAAGUGUGUGAGGAAACCCUUGCUCAUAGUGUGGAUUCCCUUGAGCAGCUGACUGGAAUAAGGAUGCUUAGACACCUCACUAUGACUAUUGAUUAUCACACACUGAUUGCCAACUAUAUGUCCGGAUUUCUCUCCUUAUUAACCACAGCCAAUGCAACAACAAAGUUUCACGUUCUGAAAAUGCUAUUGAAUUUGUCUGAAAAUCCUGCCGUGGCAAAACAUCUAUUCAGUGCCAAAGCUCUUUCAAUAUUUGUGGGUCUCUUUAACAUAGAAGAGACAAAUGAUAAUAUUCAAAUUGUUAUUAAAAUGUUUCAGAACAUCAGUAACAUUAUAAAAAGUGGAAAGAUGUCCUUAAUUGAUGAUGAUUUCAGUCUUGAGCCGCUUAUUUCUGCAUUUCGUGAAUUUGAGGAGUUAGCUAAGCAACUACAGGCCCAAAUAGACAAUCAAAAUGAUCCUGAGGUGGGACAACAAAGUUAAUAAGAUUAACCACCUGCCGCUGGUCAGCCUUAUGUUCCCAAAGAGCCCUGAGUAGUGCUUUGGUGUUCACAGUCUGGUUUUUUGUUGUAACUUAUAUUCUUUAUUGCUGAUGUUAACUUUGUCAGACUCUUGUUUUGAGCUAGAUCAUUUUGUGGAUGCCAAAUGAAUAUCAAAAGUGAAAACACAUUUGUUGAUAUUUGUCUUGCUGUCCAGAUUGUGAUAUUUUUCAGUAUUAAGCUUUCAGUGAACUGUGUCACCUGAGUAAGCUGCCCUGCUAUUCACUGUUUAAAUAUAUCGUUCUCUAUUUGAAUCUGUGUUUUCAAUAAAGUUCUAUGUUCAAAUUGGCA